AUGGAUCUGUCCCACCGGUUCUCCAAGAGAGAGCUGGCUCUGCUCUAUGAGGAGGUCCUCUACACCAUCCGGCACCGCCUGGGCAAGCCCGAGCACUACCACAUCGCAGACACCCAGGAGCUCUAUGCCUACGUGCAAAAGGCUUUUGGCAUGGAUGCAGAGGAGCACAACAUCAUCAUGCAGCAGGUCGAGGAACUGGAGAGCCCAAUUUUUUGCCUGAAAGCAACUGUGAAGGAAGCCAAGGGGAUUUUGGGUAAAGACGUCAGCGGGUUCAGCGACCCGUACUGCCUGCUGGGCAUCGAGGCCAGGAGCCAGGAACCGGCCCACCCUGACCACAAGAAGCGGAUGAAGGCGGUGGUCAAAGACCUCAUCCCCGAUGACCAGAUCCAUCGCACACAAGUCAUAAGCCAGACCCUUAACCCUGUGUGGGAUGAGACAUUUAUCCUGGAGUUUGAAGACACGGAGACAGCCAGCUUCCACCUGGACAUGUGGGACUCAGACGUGGUGGAGUCGGUGCGGCACAAGUUGGGGGAGCUGACGGACCUCCACGGCCUCAAACGGAUCUUUAAAGAUGCUCGCAAAGACAAAGGGCAGGAUGAUUUUCUGGGGAAUGUGGUCCUUCGCCUGAAGGACCUGCACUGCUGGGACGACCGGUGGUACCAGCUGGAGCCACGGACGGAGACGUACCCCAACCGCGGACAGUGUCACCUGCAGUUCCUGCAGACUCACAAGAAGAGGGCCACCACAAGCAGCCGGACACAGCCCAGCUACACUGUCCAUCGCCACCUCCUGCAGCAGCUGGUGUCCUACGAGAUCCUCCAGCACCAGGCUGGCAGCAUUGCCUGGGACGGGGAGCUGAGCAGGCAUGCAAGCACGGUGCUGUUCCUGCAUGCCACACAGAAGGACCUCUCCGACUUCCACCAGGUCAUGGCGCAGUGGCUGGCGUACAGCAAGCUCUACCAGAGCCUGGAGUUCAACAGCAAUUGUCUGCUCCACCAGAUCACCAGCAUCGAGUACCAGUGGGUGCAGGAGCGCCUGAGGCCAGAGCAGAAAGCAGAGCUGGCCGAGUCCUUCCAGUCCUUGCUGACUUACGGGGUCUCCCUCAUCCGGAGGUACCGCAUCAUUUUCCCCCUCACUGUCCCGAGGUCCCCAGAGAGGCUCCAGUCCCUGCUCCGGGUCCUGGUCCAGAUGUGCAAAAUGAAAGCUUUCCACGAGCUGUGCACGCUCAGCCCCGACCUCCCCCAGAUGGUCUCCACAGCACUGAAGUCAGGCACGACGGAGUGGUUUCACAUGAAGAAGCAGCACCUCAAGCCCAUGGUGAAGAGCAUGGAGGAGAAUGGCAAAGCCUUGUCCAGACUCCUCUUGGAGGUGAUAGGAGAUCUCCAGCAGUGCCAGAAAAUCUGGAAUAAAUUCUUCAUCAACACCUUGAAGUUGAAUCUCUUCUCCAUCGCCUACCUGGAGCUGGAUAGCCUGGUUGUGGAGCAUGUCCAGGAGCAGUUGCGCGAGGUGGACAGCAGCAUGUCCAAGCCCAUGGCCGAGAGCCUUUUCCUGCUCUACAUGAACCUGCAGGAGCUCUAUCGGAUGAAGGACUUCCUCCCAAAGAGGGAUGGACCUCUGGCUCUGAGCAAUUUUCACCAGUGGUUCAAGGAAGCUGUGCCCCAGUGGCUGCAGAAGGCCUACACCAUCACGCUGGAGAGGGUGCAGAGAGCUGUCCAGAUGGACCAGCUGAUGCCCUUCGGGGAGCACAACAAGCACAGCACAUCCACCAUCGACCUGUCCACCUGCUACGCCCAGAUCGUGAAGACCUGGCAGCAGCUCAACUGGCCGGACCCUGAGGAAGCGUUCAUGAUCAUGGUGAAACUCGUGGAGGACAUGUGCAAAAUCGCGCUCAUGUACUGCCGGCUCAUCAAGGAGAGGGCCGAGGCUCUGUCGCCGAGUGAGCAGAAUGAGGGUGAAGCAGCCAACAGGCUCUGCAUCGUGGUGAACAACAUCAAACAGCUGCGGCUGCUGGUCCUGAAGCUGCCAUCGCAGCUGGACUGGGCCCAGCUGGAGCAGCGCACAGAAGCCGUCAUCAACCGGCAGCAGAUUCAGCACACGCUGCACAACCAGCUCGACAGCACCGUCUCCUGCCUGGACCGCGAGGUCCGGGACGUGGUGCAAGCCCUGGCCACCAAGCUGGAAAAGACCAUCGCCAGGCACAUCCAGGAGCUCUCAUCUUCCAAUGACACCUGGGAACCUGAGGACUCCAUCAUCCCGCUCAUGAAGUUCUUGGAGUCAGAGCUGCAGUAUCUCAAUGAGCAUCUGGUCCAGGAGAACUUCAAAAGCCUCCUCACUCUCCUUUGGCAUCACACCCUGGCCGUGCUGUCAGCAGCCGCAGAGCAGCAGGUCCCCUUGGCCCAACACUACAAGAAGCUUCACUGUGCCCUGAAGAGCCUGGACCUAUGCUUCCAUGCCAAGGGUUGCGGGCUACCGCUGGAGACCCUCCACAGUGCAGCCUUCCUGUCACUGGAGACCCACCUAACCCUCUGCUCGGCCACCAGCCGCAAGCUCAUCCAAAAAUACUUCAGCAACAGGAUCCAGCAGCAGCUGGACGCCAGCUCAGAGAAGUACGGGGCAGUGACGAUCAAAGCGCUGUACCGCCCUUCGGAGCAGAAACUCCGCGUGGAAGUGCUCAACGCCACCAACCUCAUCCCGCUGGACUCCAACGGCUCCAGCGAUCCCUUCGUCCAGCUCACCCUGGAACCCCGGCAUGAGUUCCCCGAGGUGGUGGCCCGGACCACCCAGUGCAAGAAGAACGAGCUGCACCCCCUCUUCGAUGAAGCCUUUGAAUUCUUGAUCCCCCCCGAGAAGUGCCGGCAGGAGGGGGCCUGCCUGCUGUUGACCGUGUUCGACUAUGACACCCUGGGCUCCAAUGACCUGGAGGGCGAGGCCUUCUUUCCCCUCUGCCAUCUGCCUGGCCUUGAUGCUGAUGAGGACCAGGCCGAAGCGGGACGGGUGCCCCAGACCCGCCUCCCCCUCACCCACCCCAAACCCAGUGACGAGAUCCUCCGGCUGCUGGAGUCCAGGAAAGGGGACAAAGAGGCUCAGGCCUUCGUUAAGCUCCGCAAGCAACGAGCCAAGCAGUCAAUGGAGAAGGAGUGA